AUGAUGAAAUAAAAUACAAAAUUGAAUCGUAUAGGAAUGGUGUAUAAUCUCAAUUCCAUUGAGGAAAGAAAACAGAUUAUGGAGUUAAAGAGCUAAGGAAGGAACUCUAGAGAGAUAGCUGAGAUUAUGAACAAAAAAAUAAAGUCAAUUCAAUCAGUUAAGAGUGAAGAAAGAAAAUCUGAAUAUAAGGAAUUUCAAUAGAGAAUGAUCUCCUUAGUUUUAGAUCACUUUAAAGAUUAAAUCAUGAUUGAUAUGACGGAUAAGAAAAGAUUGAGUAAACAAAUUAGGAAAUUUAUAAAUUAAACCUUGCCUUCAAAGUAGAAUAGUGAACUAAGAUAACUUAUUCCUUAAAGUCGAAAAGCUUCGAAUCAAAGGAGGAUUAAAGAGAAAAUCUAUAUAGAUUAUAGUUUCCUAGUUAUAAUCAAGAUUAAAUAGUCCUGA